UCUACGUUUUAAAAACUAUUAUUUGUGUGUAUUAUAUAUGUGGAGAAUAGUGAACAAAGACAAUAUUAUUGUUUAAGGCAAAAUAAUCUUGUGAGACUUUCAAGGGUAGGUAAAAAUGUUUUGUUAUAUUAAAGCUGGAUUUAAAUAGCAAAAUAAAAAUUAAAAUCCAAGUCAGUUACUGGCUGAAAGAAAACCAGCUGAGCAGAAAUGACAAUUUAAUUGGCUUAUUUAAAUUUCUAUUCUUUAUACACCACAAUAAAAAAUUAAAAAAAUGGGCGAAUCAUAACAGCGUUUUUGGUCGGUUGGUUUGCAUUUGUCCAGCAACUAAUCUAGAUUUUUAUUUUACUUUUUUUUGCUAAAUGAAACUUUGUUUGAUUUUAGUGCAUGUAGUAUAUGUCCAAAAAUCAAAAUGCCUGGUACACGUUGUGCUGUGUAUGGUUGUGGUAAUACCUAUAAAACAAGGCAGCAAGAACAUGAAUAUUUUAUAUUUCAUCGGUUUCCCAAAGCUAAAGAUCUUGUUUCCCAAACUAUGAGAAAAGAAUGGAUAUUACGAUGCAAACGGGAAGAUAAAUUUAACCCUGAUACUAGCUACAUCUGCUCAGUUCAUUUCACAGAAAAGGAUUAUGAAAGAGACUUACAGAAUGAAUUAUUAGGUUUACCACUACGAAAAAUAUUGAAAAAAACCGCUGUUCCUACUUUGGGAUUGUAUUCAAAAAAAUCAACAAGUGAAGCUAGUAGUUCAAGCAUCAGUUCCAGAGAAGAAAGACUGGCCAAACGAAAUGCAAAGGAGGAAGUGAACAAACUUUUAAAAGUAGCCACGUUAACAGCUCCUAUUAAUACUUUUUCUGAUGAUACCGAAGACCAUAAUCCUAAAUCUUUUGGAAGUAUUCAGUUUGAAGAGCAUGUACCAGAGCCUUCCACUUCAUCAACCCCCAACUUUGUCCCAGAAAACUAUGAUUAUAAGGCUUUGUACAAUGAGUCUGUAGAGAAAUAUGAAAAGUUAGAAAGACAGUAUGCUCUUUUAAAAUCCAGAAGUAAUAUAAAAAAACUGUUCUGGACAAGAGAAGAAAUUGCAACAGCCUUUACGCUAAGAUACUACAGCAAGAAGUCAUAUUUAUUUUUAAGAAAUAAGUUGCAUUACUCGUUACCUGGUCUUUCAUCAUUAAGAAGGUGGGCUUCCCAACUAAACCUUAAUCAGGGUAUUUUGAAAGAUGUUUUAUUUCUGCUGAAACUAGCCGGAGAGUCAUUUUCUGAUUUUGAAAGGACAGUAGUUUUACAGUACGAUGAAGUGAAGGUCAAGAAAACUGAAGAAUAUAAUAUUGCUCAAGAUGAAGUGCUAGGACCACAUAAUUAUAUGCAAGUAGUCAUGGCUAGAGGGCUCUUUUCAAACUGGAAACAACCAAUUUAUAUAGGUUUCGAUCAAAAAAUGACCAAAUCUCUUUUAAUGGAUAUUAUAACUGAACUGCAUAAAAUAAAUUUCAAUGUAGUGGCAUGUGUGAGCGAUUGUGGUUGCAAGUAA